UGUGCCCGUAGCCAAGCAGGCAUCCUGAACACCGCCAAAGUGUCUCCUGGAAGAUGCUGCUAUGAAGGUGGCAGCCAGCAUCACUAAGCAGAGGAGCUGCUGCUUCCCUGUCCUCUGCCUCCUGCUCUUCACAGCUGCCGAGUGCUUCUCUGGAGACCAUGAUCAUAUCUUGGCAGUCCGUGAGAAGAGGACCUGGAAACCCAGAUUCAUUUACAGUCAUGUACAAAGUAUUGAAAAGAGUUUGGAUCUAGAAAGGCAGAAAAAGCCUGAACACAAUUUUCAUUCUUCAGCCCACUUGAAAAUCAGUAAAUAUAUUGAGCCCAAGUUUGUAAGCUCAGCUUUCCCUCGAUCAACUCACGACCAGCCACUGAAUCUGCUGGCCUCAGAGGAUCGAGAUGUUCAAGUGGAAAAUCUUCCUGUUCCACAAUCGAGUGUGAUUUUAGUGAUGUUAAAGAUGGAUGUUAACAAGCUAAACACAACAUUGCUGCGGAGGUUUCGCCAAGGUGUAGCCGCAGCUCUAGGUCUCAUGCCGCAGCAAGUUCACAUCAAUCGCCUAAAUGGAAAGAAGAACUGUGUAGAGCUGUUUAUAUCUCCACUAAACAAAAAGAUAGGUGUCCCGGACACCCUGCCCUCUGCAGAGGUUCUACGUUCACUCAACCUCCACACACUGCACCAAAGAUUGUCCAACUUCGGAAUAACGGAAGUGUCUCCAGAGAAAAAUGUUCUGCAAGGACAACAUGAGGCUGAUAAGAUCUGGACCAAAGAAGGAUUUUACACUAUUGUUAUAUUCCUCAGCACAUUUGUCAUAAUCGUCACAUGCCUAAUGGUACUUUACAGAUUAAAAGAAAAGAUCCAGUUUUCAUUGAGUCAGGACAAAAAAAAACAAGAGAUACACCUGUCCCCGCUGUCGGUUCAGCCUACACAGUCUGAGGCAAAGCGUUCGAGCAGUAUGGUUCAUACUGUACAAAUCCCCAAAGCUGUGAAUGUUGUUGUGGACCCACAGUGCCCAGGCACCUUUGAGCUUAGACUUCCAGCUUCUGCAGGACCCUCACCAUUUAAGAUGAAACCUGUGGGCCUACAAGAAAGGAGAGGUUCCAAUGUCUCGCUUACAUUGGAUAUGACUGGUUUAGGAAUGGUAGAACCUUUCAAUGUGGCUCCAAGACCAAGAGAGAAAGUUGCCAUUGAAUACCUUCAAACAGCCAGUCGUGUUCUGACCAGACAACAGCUCCAUGAUGUUGUUCAAAGCUCCCAUUUGCUUCAUACAGAAUUCAUGGAAAUACCAAUGAAUUUCAUGGAUUCCAAAGAAAUUGAUAUUCCAAGUCAUGGAACCAAAAACCGCUACAAAACUAUACUGCCAAAUCAAGUAAGCAGAGUGUGUUUAAAACCAAAGAACCCAAAAGAUGCAUUGAGCACCUAUAUAAAUGCUAAUUAUAUCAGGGGCUAUGGUGGUAAAGAGAGGAGGUUUAUUGCUACUCAAGGACCAAUGAUAAACACAGUCAAUGACUUCUGGCAGAUGGUUUGGCAAGAAGAUGUCCCUGUUAUCGUUAUGAUCACCAAGCUCAAGGAAAAAAAUGAGAAAUGUGUCCUGUACUGGCCAGAGAAGAGAGGAAUCUAUGGAAAUGUUGAGGUACUUGUCAACAGUGUCAACGAACAUGAGUACUAUACGAUCCGGAGCCUGACAAUAAAGCAAGGAAGCCAGUCACGCAUCGUGAAACAUUACUGGUACACGUCCUGGCCUGACCACAAGACUCCAGACGGUGCUCAGCCUCUGCUUCAACUCAUGCUGGAUGUGGAGGAAGACAGUAAUGCAUUCACGGGCAGGGGUCCAGUGGCAGUACACUGCAGUGCUGGAAUUGGGAGAACUGGUUGUUUCAUUGCUACAUCCAUUGGCUGUUGUCAACUGAGAGAAGAAGGAGUUGUAGAUGUAUUAGGCAUUGUCUGUAAGCUAAGAAUGGACAGGGGUGGAAUGGUUCAGACAAGUGAACAGUAUCAGUUUGUACACCAUGCCCUGAGCCUUUAUGAAAGCCGCCUCUCUACAGAAACAGUUCAGUGAAAGUCUGAGAGUUUAAGCAACAGAGAUCUUUUUUUAGGUAAUUCCCUGAAUUACCGACCAGCAGUUUUUUGAAGGAGUAAAGUAGGCUCCAUGGACAAGAACGUUCGCAAAAGUAAACGUGUGAGGAAAUGUCGAAAACUCUGAUACGGUUAGAUGGACUAUAGUGUGUCAUUGAAUGUACCUGCACUGCAGAAAGCUAUGGCUGGUAUAGAAGAUGUAUAUGGAUUCUCCAUAUGUACCCGGAAGGUGGAUGUACCUUGGAAAUAGGAUAAUCUACUGCACAGAAUGUACGUACUACUGCUCCAGUGGCUGGGUAUCUAACGAUUAUUCAAUGUAUAUGAAAUAAACGUUUGCAAACUUUGUGUCUUGUAAAUGGACUGUCAGUUGUCACUCUGUUAAGUGCUAUUACUUAUUAUGUGGUGAAUCUGUCUCCUGCCCACAUAAGACUAUUGCUGCUAGUGUUCUCAGUACUAUGAUAGUUGAUUUUUUUAUUAAAUAAUAUUUCUUCAUUUCUGUCCAAACGGUUCAGAAACAGUGAACCUGUUAUAUGGAGAUGUCUUCUUGUUCUAUUAGCAAUUGUGAAUUUCCAGCAGGAUAUAUAACAGAGCACAAUGUACUUUAUUCAGUGGAUAUGCAUUUGGUGUAUACUGUCGGUUGUACUACUUGCUGCGCCUCUUCUCCAAAUCUGAAUACAGUGUAUUUGUAAAUCCUGUGAUUAAUUUUACCUGACAACUUUAUAGCAUAUAUUGAAACUGCAAGAAAUAAACCUGUUGUCUGCAGAACGAUAAUUUGGUGCCAUAGUGGUUUUGUAAUACUUUAUCCAA